AUGACGAGUGAUAACAAAACCAUCGCAGAUGGUUCCAAGAAGCGACCAGCGUCAGGAGCAAGCGACAACAAGAACAACAACCAAAGCAGUCUAAAACAAUCCAAACUUAGCCGUCCACCUGCUGAUGACAAAAGACUUGGAAACUACAUUGAGACUAUCAAAGACGAAAAGGAAUGGUUCCAUGAACGUGUAACGGAUGUGGAAAAAGAGAGCUCCAAAUAUAUGAAGAUCAAGUUUUUGAGACGAAUUGAAGAUUUUUUCAAAGCGACUCAAAGCCAUCUGAAGGUCGACUUGGCUCAUUUCUUGAAAACUGGAGAAACUAAAUUGAUCGUCGCAAGUACUGCAGCAACUGCUUCGCAGCGGGUGGCAAGCAUUGAGUUCGACAUUAAUGCCAGCAAGAUGGUGUACAAACGAGACUUGACCGCAUUCGUGGACGCGGUGAAAAGUCUCUUCGACUGGAAAGAAAAAGGGUCAAAAGUUUACAUGGCACCGUGCUUUCCACUGCUACAAUCCAGCGGAGCUGGCAAGACCAAACUGCUCCACGAGUCGCGAUGCUCCAUGGCGAAGGAUGACCCCGAUGUCCACGUGAUACUCAUUCUAUGCACGAACGGAAAGCCUCCUCCAGAAAUGUCGUCUCAAAACGGCAGCAUUUUUUCCGAGACUUUGGACGUGAGCCAAUUUCAAGUGGGCGAAGAAGGUCAAAAGAAGCUUUGGGAGAAAAUGGUGACCUUGGUUAAGACCGAGAAGAAGAAGAAGAAGGUUGUAUUGCUCUUUGACGAGGCCCAGCACCUAACCAGCAACAGUGAUGGGUGGCAUUUCCGAUGCAUACGGUGGUGGCUCCGAUUGCCCGAUAAACCAAACGGCGUCAACGUGGUUUGCGUGUUUGCGGGUACCACCACCAAAUUGGCAAAGUAUUAUGCGGAACAAAAACAGUCAGCUUCCUCGAGGGGUGCAAGCGUAGAGUACCUUGGAGGCAAAAAGCUGUACCCUCCGUUCUGUCAACUUACGACGACAGGUCUUGUGUCACGCUCUGAUGGAUCUAAAUUCGGAACCGUAGGUGUGCGGACCAGCGACAACGACAACAACAUUGUCACGGAGUUUGAUGUCGCCACCCAAUAUGGGCGGCCCUUGUUUGGACGAUUGCAACUGAACGGAAAGUUGAAGGAUGCGCUUGGAAAUAUCUUGCUUCGAAUGAGAGGUGCGGGCCAGGAGCUCUCGCUGCAGAAGUAUUAUUCGCUCUUGGCGACGCGGCUUCAAAUGGGUCAAGUGUCGUUUGAUUUUGCAUCAGAACUAGUGGCUUCGGGAUACGCACAUCUGACUCACUAUUCACAAGAACAGCCUGCAGUGGCCGAGAUUGCGUUUCUUCCUGAUCCAGUUUGCGCAUGGCUUGCAAUGACACAGAUGAUUGAGGACUGUAACCUGUAUGAGAACGUUGAUGGUAUCUCGAUGGGGUGUGGCAAACCCCCAUCUGUCUGGUCGGAAAAGGCCAUCAAGAUAUACUCUUCUGCAUUGUGCCGCCCUGAAAAGGGAGAUGUCGGUGAGGUUGCAGCUGCCUUUUACAUGCUGACUUGCGGAGAUGAAUUGCGGUCCAAGCAAUCGGAAGAGCUCACUCAGCUUUCGGUUCCGCUAGAGGACUGGAUUGCAGUAAUGGAAAAAGGCAAAUAUAAAACUGCUCUCAAGACUGCUGUCAAGACUGCGGAACCGAAGGCAAGUGUCAAUUUCAUUCAAGUUUGUCGGAACUAUUUACGUUACAAUUUGAAAGAAAUUCAGGAUAGCGGACUUCUCAAGCAUUGGUAUCUUGCUGGACGAGCAUCGUAUGCGUACGCUUCUUGCCACGCGUACGACAUAUUGGUGCCAUUGCAGUACACCGUAAAUGGGGCUUUGCAUUACUGUCCCAUGUUGGUGAGUGUAAAAAAUCGAGUGGCAUAUAGUCCGAAGCAACGUCAAGCGGCGAUUGAGGCAAUGGAAAAAGUAUUUACCGUCGCCAACAUUGAGACUGGAGUAUGUAUGCUUUUUCUCAUUGGGCUCGACAAGGCAUCGGAAGAAUCGUCUUCUAUGAGCGGUCCCUUUGGCCAAGGCAAAGUUGUUAGCACGACAAUUGUGGUACCGACUGCAGAUGGGUAUGGGGCAACCAAUCUUGCUUUGUGUUCGACUUGUGGCGGCGGAGAGGAGUCCGAGGUCAUGGCGUCGCAUGCAGACCUUGCGCUGGGAGCACAAGGUAAUCUCUUGCUUCGCACAAAGAAAAAGAAAGGGGACGUAUCCGAACAAUUGUUGACCGGUAUAUCACAAGGAUACCAAGAAGCUUACGAUAGGAAUCGCGAAACAACGAUGGCUGCAAAGGCAGACAAUACUACAUAG